CUAAAAGAUUGUUUUAAAAAGUACUAUCUGAAACAAUCAAUUUACCACAUACAUGUUCAUGUUCAAUUGUUUGUUUGUAUUUGUGUUUCAGUCUCACUGCAGGACAUUACAAUGAGGAAAGCUUUUAGAAGUUCUACCAUCAGGAUCAGCAGCUGUUUGACCGCAAAACCUUGCCAAUUCCACUUCAUGAAACCUAUGAGUUGUGUGAACAUCCACCACCUCUUGACAUCCUAACACCCUACAGAGAUGACGGUAAAGAAGGCCUAAAAUUUUACACAAAUCCAUCCUACUUCUUUGAUUUAUGGAAGGAGAAGAUGUUGCAAGACACAGAGGACAAACGGAAGGAGAAGCGAAAACAAAAGCAAAAGAAUAUUGAUCGUCCACAUGAACCAGAGAAAGUGCCUCGAGCUCCACAUGACAGACGUCGUCAGUGGCAGAAGUUAGCUCUGGGUGCUGAGCUGGCCGAAGAUGAUAUAGACCUUGGACAGAAACAUAUUGAAAUAGUUAAUGGACCAGCAUCACAUUUUGAAACAAGGCCACAAGCCUAUGGAGAAAAUGCAGAUGGAAACUUCUCGCUUGCAGCACUACCUUACAGUCAGAUGAAUGAUCUCCUGAACAGGGUUCAGGGUGAAGAAAGGGUUUUGGUAAGGCCUCAUGAACCACCACCUCCUCCACCAAUGCAUGCUGCCGGAGAUGGAAAAGCCAUGCCAGUUAUCAGUGCCACACAAGGUUUGAAUGAAAACAGGCCACAGUCUCCAGCCACUGGAAGAACGCAAGUGUUUGUGAGCCCUUCUCCUCCACCACCACCACCUCUUCCUCCUCCUCCUCCUCCACCUCUUCCAUCUGCACUUUCUGCAUCUUCACUGCGCUCCUCUAUAUCCUCCACUCCUCCGCCUCCUAUUCCUCCACCACCCCCACCUCCUGCAACUAGCUUACAGAAUACUGCUGUUCCACCACCUCCAACUCCUCUUCAGAUCGCACCUGGAGUACUCCACCCAGCACCACCUCCUAUAGCCCCUCCUCUUGUACAGCCUUCCCCUCCAUCAUCACGUUCUGCUCAAGCAGGUGAAGCGGUGCCAGUACAUCCACUUCCACAAACUGAAGCACAGGGGCUUCCACCACCACCUCCUCCACCACCUUUACCUCCUCCUGGAAUGCGUCCUUCUUCCCCUGUUGCAGUCCCACCACUCUCUCACCCCCCUGCAGGUUUACAUCCUCUUGCAUCUAUUGUACCUGGCUCCCAUGCUCCUUUGCUUCCUCCAUCCCCACCAUCACAAGUUGCUCCUGAUUCCAAGCGACAUCCAUCUACUCUACCAGUAAUCAGUGACGCAAGAAGUGUUCUACUGGAAGCAAUACGAAAAGGUAUUCAACUUCGUAAAGUUGAAGAACAGCGUGAACAAGAAGCCAAGCAUGAGCGCAUUGAGAAUGAUGUGGCUACCAUCUUGUCUCGGCGAAUCGCUGUGGAAUACAGUGACUCAGAAGAUGAUUCGGAGUUUGAUGAAGUAGAUUGGGAGUGA